AUGUCAAACGAACCAGGACGCACCGACUGGGCCGAAGACGACGAGCCCGAUCUCGCCACCGCCCUCCCUCCGCAGCAAAUCUCAAAGAACAAGGACGGCAGCGAGACCAUCGUUACCAUUUUCCUCAACGAGGACGGCAAGAAGGUCAAGCGCACACAACGCAUCCGCAAGGUCACCAAGCGCACAUAUGAGAAGGCCGGUGUCGCCGAGCGCCGCGCCUGGCCCAAGAUGGGUCUCGAGGCAGGCCGCCCUGCUGGCCCCCAACCCGACACCACCACUCUCGGAGAGAACAUCAUCUUCCGCCCCCAGGUCGGCUUCAAGUCUGGUGCCGCCGAGCAACCCACCGCCGAGGAGGACCAGAAGCAGCAGCAGCUCAAGCAGAUGAAGAUCAAGUGUCGUAUUUGUUCCGGCGAGCAUUUCACCACAAAGUGUCCCUUCAAGAACACCAUGGCCCCCGAGGGCGAGGCUGGUGCCGGUCUCGCCGACCUUGACGGUGAUGUCGGUGCUGCCACUCUUCAGAACCUGGCCGCAGGCGGCCCUGCGCAAGGCGCCUCCGGUCCCGGUGGCUCUUCCUACGUGCCCCCACAUCUCCGCAAGGGCGGUGCUGCUACUGGCGAGAGAAUGGGCGGCAAGUUCGAGAGAGACGACCUGGCCACUCUGCGUGUCACCAACGUGAGUCUUUGCAUCUCCGCCUCCUAUUCUACACAGCCCGCUAACAUGUUUGAUCACAGNGUCUCCGAAUUCGCCGAAGAAGACGAGCUCCGUGCACUGUUCGAGCGCUUCGGUCGCGUCACCCGUGUCUUCCUCGCAAAGGACAGAGAAACAGGCAAGGCCAAGGGCUUCGCUUUCGUCAGUUUCGUCGACCGAUCAGACGCCGCCAUUGCGUGCGAGAAGAUGGACGGUUACGGUUACGGACAUCUUAUCCUGCGCGUCGAGUUCGCCAAGAAGGCCACCUAA